UUACAUAACGAGACCGGAAAUAUAUGGACGCAUCUGAUCGGAGCCCUACUCUUCGCCUUUCAAUGGUAUCACACAAUACACUGUAACCGACACAUCAGCAUCAGAUCCAACGAUACACUAGUUAUCAAUUGUCUCUUUGGUUUUUGCGUUAAUUGUCUGAUAAUGUCGACACUGUUUCACACAUUUCACUGCCAUUCCAGAGGUGUUGUCAAAUUGACGGCAAAACUUGAUUAUCUCGGCAUCUCUUUGGUCAUAAAUAUGGCACAACUUUCGUGGCUUUACUAUGGCUUCUAUGAGAACUUAGUCGCCCGACGGGUCUAUAUAUUGAUAACAGUAAUGAUUGGCAUUCUCUUGAUUAUAGUCACUCUUUGCGACCGCUUUGGCGAAUCCGAGUUCAGACAAUAUCGAGCCAUGAUUUUUGUUGCCAAAGGAUUUUAUGUUAUGAUACCAUUCUUCCACUUCUGCUACCAUUCCUACUAUUUUGAGCCACUGUUAGCUCAAAUGGCGUUCAAAUCGCUUUACAUGACACUAUUGUCGGGAUGUAUUAACCUGUCGGGAGCUCUGCUCUACAUAUACCGGUUCCCGGAGCGACUCAAACCCGGUUUGUUUGACUAUUGGUUUCAAUCGCACCAAAUAUUUCACAUAAUGAACGCAUUCGCGGCACUCAUUCACAUCCAUAGUAUCAAACUUUUCUCUGAAGUCCGCAAUUCAAAAUACAAAAAUGGUUAUCAGAUUAGCAAUAAA